AUGGGACCAAAAAAAGAUCCGAUGGCACCAAUAUUGGUGCACGAGGAUGUUUUCUUGCGAGGGAGAAAAUUUAUCGAGCUGAAAAUAGUGCCACCGCCGGCUAAGGGAGAGCUGACCGAACAGGAACUGUGCAUCUCGCCGAGUUUCCAUUCUCUGCCAGAACUAAAGCCAGCCGUGCAGUUUUACAUGCAGCAAUCCUGCCUGAAGUUGACGGAUGACAAAAGAGUAGAACCCAGCAGAGUAGGACGCACAAGUUCUGACAUAAAUCUCGCACCAAGACUAUCCUGUGAAAAGACGUCCCCACCUGCCAGCCAAUGUCAAGAUGAUGUGUGUUUUGUUCCAGAAAUGAAGAUCUGCAACGAAUGGGGCAUCAUGAUGACGACAGUUACUCCACGGUUUUGAUGUGUGUUUGGUUUUGGGUCUCCACGAAACCUGUAGUGUAAGUAUUAGUUUGUUCAGCAUGACACGCUUGGAGUUUGGCGCGGAGCGUCAUCCUUAUUGAUCAAUAGCUGAAUCACGCUGCACAUUAUGAGGCCACUAAUUGCGCGUCCUGAUUAGGGCACAAGUGAUUCGGAAACAUCAACUACUAGGAAACGCUUCUGUCUUCUUCGUCGCGUCGGAGGAGCUGUCAUGUGCGUUCAUGCAGUUACAUACAUAGCAUCUUGGCCUUGUUGUUGCUCUUGCAUGACAAGAAGUGCGGACGGUUGGUGGCGACGUUUUAUUUACGUAGGACAACUGCCAAGAAAAGAGUGUGUGGAGAACUUCAAGAUGUUCAAGACGCAAGUCAUAUCCACUGGAAAUAUGUUUGGGUCUGGAAUAAAGGCGUGACGGCAGUAGAGUAAGUAUGACCCAGAAGGACACUCCAAUACACAGCUCAGCACGUAGUUGAGAACUUUUUGAGCUACAGCGCAGUACGUCUUGCGCAUGGAGGACAGCUGCCUCUUCGAUUUUGCAUAAAGUCGCAGGAGCUUUUUGUGACUUUCUCUCGGUCGUGAUCACGUUGCCCAAACGUGUUCCUCCUCGAGGUUUUUUAGUAGGUGGCUACUAGCGUUAGAGAUUUAUAAGACAGAGGAACGUCCGGGAUGGUGACCCCUUACUAAGGGGUAAGAGCGUCCUAAAAUUUAUAUCAAAAUAUAAAGUUUCGUGAGCAUUUCAAGGUGCUUAGGCUAAGUUAUGACAGAGGGCUGAAGCUCGUCCUCGGCACCGACAAAAAGUUCCCCUUAGUGUUAACGGUGCAACUCCAACAUGACAGAGCAAUGAAGCUUGUCGGCAGCAUGCAUGACAAAGUUAUAGUUAAGAAUAAGAGGUACGCCAGCCGACUUUACUUCCAGACGCGGAGAUAUUUUCAAUGGAUGAGUGAAACAAGCAGAGAAAAGAAGCGUAUAUCAUGAGAUUCUUUUCUAUGUACUAACUUAUAUCUAUCUAUAUUUCCAUACGAGUGCGAGUCGUGCACGUGUUGCGCGUACGUAGAUCGAGGCGCUUCUCCUCAGUUUUUCGGAUUCCUUCGCCUACAAAUGCGGAUUUAUUUUUCGUACAUACUGUUACUGUCACACUUACACCUCCAACUAUUUCAACUCAACAGGCCCAAUUUCUGAAGCAGCUGGAGAAAUCAGAGGCGAAGCAGGCGAAGCGAAUGGCUCAGAUAGAAAAAAUCGACACUCUUGAAAAGGCCAUGAACGACGAACUGAAAGAAGCGAGAACAUAUUCCGAAAGGCAAGAGCUCUUCGUGCCAAAAUACAUGAACGGAUCCAAAUUCGGAGAAAAGUGUCCCCGAAAAAACGUCUGGAUAGUCGCAGAAGCCACUGCUCUGGUAGCCACAGUUUUUCUGUGCGUUCCUCAACACAUGCAUGCUGAUACAUGACCCAUAAGAUGUUUUUCGUUUUCACUUCGCGGUGCGUCUUGUUGUUUUCUCACCUAUUGAAUGUGCGUACAGUAUAUAGUAUAAGGCGACACCUUCUUCCAAACAGACCGGCCCUUUCGUCGCAAACAUAAUAGACGAGAUAACGAAGUUUAUCCAGACCUGUGUGGAAGAAAACUGCCAGUGUUUUAACCUCGCGGUGUUUGGAGCCGAAGGAACAUGUACGCACUGCUUUUCCAAGCAUGAAUUAUAUAUACCCAAUGAGCAACGCGCUCCGUACCCGUGUUUGCGGAUUAUCGAUGGGUUUUUUCAAUAUUAAUACUAGCCAGGUAUGUUGCUUCGCCUGUGGAAGUGUGAAACAAAAUUCAAUAUUAUUCCGCUAGACCGAAAAACAAAAAAAAAGCCAGAACAGGAACUCAAAAAUAAAAAGCGAAAAGCCAGGGCCAGAAGCAGCCCCGCCCCCUUUGCGGUUGCGGUUGUAAGCAGAUCUUGAUUGCGGUUGCAGGCAGUUUUUGCGGUUGUAAGGCGUAUGCGCGGCUGUGCUAACAGCUGUGAGCAGUUGUUGCGGCUGGAGUGGUUUUUGCGCCACUUUUCUGCAUACCGUGGCUGUCAUUCUUCGUGCCAAAUUGUGCGUAGGUCUCCACAGGCGAGAAGAGUCCCUUGCUUUUCCACCCGACGCAGGCACUGAGUGCCAAGAGGCUGGGGCGUUGUUCUUCCUUCCAGCGCCGCGCGCGCUUUUUUCGGCCAGCUUUGACGACCUUGCCUCCUAUUUUUGUUGCUUGUCGAAUUCAAAAGGUUUGCAAGUUCUGUCGUUGGCCCUCAUCUUCAAGCUUUGCCUUUCCUUUUGCUUUCGACUUUCACUUUUUGACUUUAGCCUUUACUGUUAGUCUUUUCCCUUGCUUUUAGUUUUUACCCGCAGCUUAGUUUUUGGUUUUUGCUUGUAGUUUUUGCGUUUAGUUUUUACUUUUAGUUUUUACUUUUAGUUUUUCCUCUCAGUUUUUUACUUUCCAUUUUUACUUUUAGUUUUUACUUUUAGUUUUUACUUUUAGUUUUUACUUUUUGGCUUUUGCCUUGAAGUUGCGGAAUAGUUGUUUGGCCGUCACGAAUUUAGUUUUAGCAAGGGAUGGAUUAUACGCACCCCACACGAUUUUUAUAAUCACUUUGAAUAUAAUGAUAAUCAGGGAUGCAGUGGUGUCCAACUUUCCAGUCACCCCAGGAUCCGAAAAAAGGGGCCGCAGACAGCAUUAAGUGGAUAAAUAAACAGUUCACAGCCAAAGUCUGCGGAGCGAACGACUUUCCCCCGGACUGGGUACUCAUCUACAGCGUUGUUUGUUGCUCUUAUCAGACACGAUGAGGAUGUGUGUAUGUCGGAGGAUCUUCGAGCAAGAUUGAUAGUGAGGUAGGAGAUGGAGUUCGUCUUCUGCGCACCGUGGUGAGCAUUGAGCAAUAAUCCCAUGAGAUUGAAGAUUUGUUUGUUGCCGCCAGACAGGGGAUAAACUUAAUCGUCACAACCAACGUACUAGGUGCAAAUGUUUGAGAAGUGCUUCGAAGAAGGCCGCGCAAACCCAAAGUUGGAACCUUAUGGGAUUCUCAAACGUAACACUCUCCGCUGGUUUUACAUGAUUGUCAUUCAGAAAAGUCACUAAGUAGUAGUAUCACGCUGACGCUUCAGCUUCACACGAUCAAGCUUCUUCGCGUGAUAAGUUCUCGACGCGCUAAAUAGCAUGAGAAUCCGCACCAAAUCUGUAGGUGCAAGAUGCGCAAGGUCCUCCCUUUCCCGUUCACCUUUGUGAUUUUUGCAUCAAAAAACGCAUGUUUGUAACAGCUGAGAGCUUAACGCUUGAGAACGCCAUAAACCUAGCACGAUAUUUGUCGCGUGCAGUAGACCACCAGAGGACAAAGAGGCAGUCUUCGCAGCCAUGGAGGGUAAGGGCGUCCCGAUACAAGCACUAGCAUUUGACGAAGCGAUGGAAGAUGAUGCUGAGUGCAAAAGAUUUUUUGCCGACUUGUGCGGGGAUAAAGGUAGGAGCACGUACAGAUACUAAGUAGCCUAUGACACUAAAACUUUUAUGUGUACUCAUUUAAAUUUCCGCUUUUUGUGGUUUGUUCUUGUUGGUAGAGACAAGAUUUAUAGAAAGAAAAGACCUACUCCCCGCGACCGCGGCGUCUUCGGGCAACGGGGAGGACUGUUGUAAUUGGAUUUUUUACAACGACAGCACCCCGAUGAAGCCUUAACUUUGAGACGUCAACCCGUCAACGGCCGACACACCAAAUGCCACCUGCUGCACUUCUGGUUUCCUUGAUUUGGGCUUUCGGGUUUUUGAGGGUUCGGGGUUGGAUAGUGUCGUCGGGCAGGGCUGCCCUCUCCGGUGAUCCCUGAGAUUUCUCCACGGCAUCCGCUGCAAAUGCAAUUCGUGUAACGCCUGAAUUGUUGCGUGAAGCGCGCGCUAAGUUAAACUCCGCCCGGCUGCCGCUAGCCUGCCGCUAGCCUGCCGCUAGCCUGCCGCUAGCCCGCCGGCUGGCUGCCGUUCUGCUCAUGGCAGAGCCCUACAGCAGGUAGCCUCCACCGCCCCGUCUCCUGGCAAAAUCGCGCGUGCCGCCCUGUGAUCCCCCUUAGAAACCUCCGUAAAGAUCGCCUUCGAGAAUCUAGUUAAAAAUGCCCCUUGAAGAACUCGGCUUUUCGGCACGAAUCGUCACGCUACGGCCCCGGUUUUAUGGCUGCCAAAAAUUUGCGCAAACGCACUCAGAAAAACGCGGUAUGCCAUCGGCGCAAAAAUGAAACCCCGUGGACUCAUCGAUUCCGCGCCGUCCUUUUUUGAGGGGCUUUCACAGGGGAAGUAUUAGGGGACGGCUUUAAGGCGUUUCGUUUGUAAGAAUAAGUAAAGGGUGUCGCCGCGUUGCGUUCAAAGCAACAAGGGAAAAAUUUUUCAGGUGGGAUGUUAGUGGAUACGAGCUGUAGAGAUCUUCUGUACGUUGACAAGUUGCUGAACAACGUGAAGACAAAGAAGAAACAGCUGGAAAAACUGUACUGCUACGGUCGUCUUUUUUUUUCGUCUUAUACAGGAAGAAGUGAUCAUCAUAGAAAAUGAAAUCAGUAGCAGCACGCAGCACUGACUGCAGCUUUCUUCGUACUUCUGACAUCUUGUUGCUCUUUGGGAUACAAAUAUCUUACGGCAACAGGCAAAACCAGCUGCUGAAGAUGGAGGACUUGACGGAUGUCGUCCAAGCGAAUAAAGAGCUUCUGGCACAGCAAAUUUGUUUGGAGAACCUAGUGAAGAACGAGUUUGAAGUGUCAGAAAAGGACCUCUUGAACGCCGACCUGCAACGGGACAUGGACGGGAAUCUCGUUUUGCCGGAGAGCGUGCAAUCAUCCAUGACCAAGCUCGGCAAGAAAGUCACCUGCUAGACGAGAGUACAAAAUAAAGACUAGCGUGUGUAACGUUAGUACGGCUGUAAUAUGGCUGUAUACUUACAGAAUCAAAUGCAAAUCAAAGAGAACAAACAAGUGCAAAGUUCCUAAGUCACCAAAUACACGAAUCCAGUGGACACCUAUCGAUAAACAAACACAAGAACUACUCGCUUCAAAAUAGCCUUUCGAUUACAGACCGGCUCCGAUUGCGCCAGUAGAAAGUCAAUUGUAAAUAGCUACUAUGAUAAGUAAGAUUAUGCUUUCCGGCGGACGCGUUCGCGGAAUUGGAGAGCAGUCGAAAAUGCCCAGAAAUUCCUUGUACCUUAUCUCUAGAGCUUCCAACUUCUUUGUAUCUGACACCAGAACUAUGAACACAAUACCUAU